CCGUCCCGGCCGGUCCCUUCCUUUCCUCCGCCCGCCGUGUGCGCUGCCGCCCCGCGCCCUUCCGGGCGCCGAGUGCAGCCGGGAAAGCGCUCCGGGGCCGGCGGCGGCGGCGGUUGCUUUUAGGUAUCCAGGAAUUUUACCUAAGUUAAGAAAUGUACACUGAAGAAAAGAAAAUCACCCUCGGGUCUUCAGUGUUCGUAUCUGUGUGAAAGAUUCUAGGAUGUUCCAUGAAAACACAUCAGCAGAUUGCUUAACUACAGUAACAACUUCUACUGAAGAUGGUGCUUUCCAAACAAAAGGCCAUAAUAUGAGACUCCUUAGCCCAGAAGAAGCAGAGAGACUGGCAAAAGAUCGGGUUUUGGUGUCUGACUUCAAACAGCUGAAAUUGGAAAAAGAGGCACAGAAGAACUGGGAUCUUUUUUACAAGAGAAACAGCACCAACUUCUUCAAAGACAGACACUGGACAACCAGAGAGUUUCAAGAAUUAAAAGCAUGUCGGGAGUUUGCAGACCAGAAACUGACCAUUUUGGAAGCGGGCUGUGGGGUUGGAAACUGCUUAUUUCCACUCUUAGAAGAAGAUCUGAAUAUUUUUGCAUAUGCCUGUGAUUUCUCUCCUAGAGCUGUUGAAUAUGUGAAGAAAAAUUCCCUGUAUAGUACUGAAAGAUGCAAAGUGUUCCAGUGCGAUCUUACCAAAGAUGAUCUUCUGGAAAACAUACCAGCAGAUUCUGUGGAUGUCGUCACCCUUAUAUUUGUGCUUUCUGCCAUUCAUCCUGACAAAAUGCAUCUUGUCUUGAAGAACAUUUACAAGGUAUUAAAACCAGGCAAGUGUGUCUUGUUCAGAGACUAUGGACUGUAUGAUCAUGCAAUGCUCAGGUUUAAAUCUGGCAGCAAACUUGGAGAAAACUUCUAUGUUAGACAAGAUGGGACAAGAUCAUAUUUUUUCACUACAGAGUUCUUGUCUCAGCUCUUCAGGGCAGAGGGAUAUGAGGAAGUGGUCAACGAAUAUGUGCACCGAGAAACUGUGAAUAGGAAAGAAGACUUGCGUGUUCCAAGAGUUUUUCUUCAAAGCAAAUUUCAAAAGCCUUUCAGUGUAAAUAAUGUGGACUCUGGUUGAAGAUUUUCCUGCAGUUAUGGAAUCCUAAACAUCACUCUCCUCUGUGGGAUUCUCCAGUGUGCUCUACUAGAACCACAUGUGUUAAGAGAAUCUAUUAGAACAAAGGCAGAUGGUGACCAU